CUAACCUGGGUCAAGUGACCAUAUCAAAGUUGAACCAGGUAACACAUUUAAGUCUUAAAAUAGAGCUGGCAUUGAAGUCACUAAGUCAAUAAUGGAAUCUGGAUUCAACAUAUAUCUGAAUCUUUGGCAGUUGUUUGAACGCUUGUCUUCAAAAUACAGUCUGCUGUUUGUGUUCAAUGUCAUUUCAAUUACAAUCGAAAGCUGUUAAUCCUUGUGGACAUCUUUAUUAUUCUUUUAGAUGCUGAAAACUUUCGUUCUGUGUUUCUUUUGAAAACACUGGAUUGCGUUUUGAUCUGGUAGUGAUUUAAGUGGAUUGCUUCAUGGGCUCAUAAAUUCAGUGAUCCUUAGAAGCUGGCAAAAGUUUUGCAUUCCUGAACCAUUACAUGAAUUACUGUUUCUGAAUUGUCUGAUGGAACAUUCUUAUUUAUUUGUUAGACUUUGAGGAACUUAAGAAAAAAUUGUGAUCUGAAGAAUAAGCUAUAAUCUUUAACUGCAGACACUGGCAUGAUUUUCUUUCAAGCAAGGAACUUGAGAAGAAUUAUCAGAGUUCAGUGGCAAGAUGUGACCUUGGAAAAUGUAUAUUUUAAAAGUAUCAAGCUCUUUAAAUUAAAAACAAAUGAUGUUGGUUAAUUUUCUCCAGUUAUUUUCAUUUACCCAAGCACCUGAAGAAUGUUGACGUUUAUUGGAUUUGUUUACAGUAAGUGGCUCUUCCCCAUUGAGGCGUCGAGGGGAACGAGUGGGUUGAUUGUUCGGCUAAGGAAGCUAUUAAAAAUUCGGCUGCGGACAUAGACCUCCCACUUACUAAAGCAGAAGCUAAGAGUGCCUAUUAACCCGAAUUAAAAUUGGAAGAAACAAAGGACACAAAUUCCACAAUGACUUUCUACAAUUCCAGUAAACACUGCAAGUUAUGCAAGAUUUCUAAUUAUGGGUUAUAUGUCAUUUUUCCAAAACAAAUUAUAACAAGGAAAUGAUCAAAAACACAAGGAAUUCAGCAGAUUUCCCUCUGAUCCCUUCUCUGCACUAGCCAUCACCUCCCUUCUUCUACAGUCCUUUACCUCUCAAUAUCCUCCCAGAUUCUCCCCCACCCACCUACCUUUCCCCUCACCUGGCUUCACCCAUCACCUGCUAACUUGUACUCUUUCCCCUCCUUCCACCAUUUGGUUUCUUCCCCCUUCCUUUCCAGUCGAGAUGAAGAGCCUUGACCCAAACUGUCGACUGUUUAUUCCUCUCCAAGAUGCCACUUCGCCUGCUGAGUUCCUCUGGUAUUUUGUGUGUGCUGCUCAAUGAUCAAAUCUUGAUUGAAAGAUCAAAAGUGCAGUCGAGGCAGUCAUAGUAUAUGAAUGAAAACUCAUUACAAGGUAAACAACACUGAAUUCUGGCAAAACCAGGAAGUCCUUGGGCUUGGAAUAUCACAUGUGACAUGUAACGGAUGCACCUUUCCUGUGUGAUUAAUACUGUGGUCGAAAAAGGAGGAUCUUGUAGCAAGCUGUUGAGGAUCAUAUGGCUGGGAAACAUGGAACAAGGACGCUAUGACAAAAGAGACCGAUGUGACAUGGAGAAUGUUGAAGAUUGUCGUCAGGGGAACGGGAAAGGAGCUGAAGCAGGGAGAGCCGCUGAAAACCAAACUGGAGUGUGCCGGAACAUUGCAGAAUGGAUUGCCUCCUGAAAUCAAAGUUGUUGGGGCUAAAUAAAGAAGAUACAGCACAAAACAUGGAGUAAACCUUCUGAUGGUGAGCAGUACCUCCAUGAACCAUCUUGAUUGGGAUGAUCCACAGAAAUGAGGAAGACAUGAAAUCAGGAGAACUGAAAUAGUAUGUGACAUUAACAUGGGAUAGCAAACUUUUUCAUAAGUGUUGCUUUCUGAAAUUUUUUUCUGUGGUUAUGAUAGACCAAAGGAAUCCGAACAAAAAUGUAAUUUCAGACUACUUGGAUCACAAGGAACUUGGAGAAGCAAAAAAACUUCUAGUGAAUAUAAUGCUUUUAAUUUCAUAACGAUGCUGAUGCUUCACAAUAGUUCAAGUGGGCUAGGAGUAUUUGGUGGACGAUUUUAAACUGCAAUCAGAAUCAGAAUCAGAGGCUCCUCGCUUACGAGAAUAAUAAUAAUAAUAAUAACAACAAUAAUCAGCGAGCAUUGGUGGAUUCUAGUUGUCCUGAUACUAUUUCUCCAUGACCGCAAUGUUCCGGUGAAACCUUUCACCAUGCUCGUCACUGACAGUGCCAAAAUCCACCCUGCCUAAGCACGCCCAGGCAAGCCUGGACAAGAUAAACAACUUUUCAGCUUACAUUGCGGGCAACAUUUUGACUGGCUUGAAUUAUGAAUUGAAAUAACACAUAUAGCCAAUUUCAAGAAAACGGUGGAAUUCAUGACAGGGGAAUUUCACGGUGAUUUUCAGGAUCAGCAGCCCAAAAUCCAUCAGAUACACCCAAAAUUGUUCAGGAAGCAAAAUUGUUGUUGUCCAAUGUACUCAAACUCUGUGGUUGUGGAUAACUAUUCCAAAUUUCAUUGUAGCUCAGCAGCUGGCUUAAUCAUCCUGAUAAUUCUAGUGUGUUAUUUAGGAUGCCUUAUCAGGAAGCUGGAGAUGACAGCAUAAAACCCAUUUAUGACUAAGUUGGUCCACUGGCAAGUGUUAAUACCAUGUUGUCCAGAUGGAGAGUAUGUGGAGAUUGGGAACAACAUGAAAAUGAUGAAAGUUGGGUUUUAAGUUGGUUGGUAAUGGUUAGAAAGUUUAGGGUACUUAUUGUAUUGAAAUAUUAACAAGAUACUGUUAGUAUCCUUCUGAGGAAAUAUGAUAAACAUAUCAUGCCGGCCUGGAUGCAGCUAAAGGCAAAGGAAACACAGGCACUGAUGUGUGCAAGCAGAUAAAGCAGGCAACGAAACUGGUGCCUUUCUCUAAGGCUAGCAGAAAGUUGCCUAAGACAAAUGGGGAAUACUUGAGUCAAACCAGAGUUCAGGAAAGAUACCAACCACAUUAAUCAAAAAGAAGCUGGCCGGAUUACAGGUUUGUUUGUGGUUAAUGGGCUGGUGUAACUAGGACUGUUGCGGACUUGAAUGCUUGCCAAGCCCAGAAAAUAGGACGUUCGUUCAUUCACAUAGAUAGAAAGCAAGGAACUGGGAGUUCUCAACAAGGAAUUAACACAGGCUUUGACAGGACACCUUAAUAAAUUAGAAAAUGUGAAGAUUAAAGGAGAACUAGACUAAUACCAUUGACAAUCCCAAGAUAUCUCAAGAUACUGUUCGACCACGAGAAGGAAGACAGACUGAUGAAGGGUCUCGGCCCAAACGUUGACUGUACUCUGCUCCCUGGCCUGCUGAGAUCCUCCAGCAUUCUACAUGUGUUGCUAGGAUUUCCAGGAACUGCAGAUUCCCUCUUGUUUGUGACAGGUGGGAAAUGUAUCCGGUUUAUCUGUGCAAUCAUUACAAUUGCUUACUUCUUCUGUUAUAUCAUCUGAUUUCACUCUUGCGUCACCUCUGCUGCUGGUAUCCACAAAGCACCUUCUGUUAGGCGGAGACGCACGCGUUUCCACCUGGCCUCCCUCAAUCUGCCCUUGGUAAACUUCAGCUCUUCAAACUUUGUUGUCAAACUUGCAAGGUUCACGUGCUCGCUGACCUACACAUUAAAGCAACAUCUGCUUCACAAAACUCUCAUCAUCCUUUUCCAAUUCCCCACGUCCCCCACCUUUAGUUCUCAACCCGCCAACAUUAUUGCCAUUUCGUAAUUCAGGCUUCAGAGAUACGAUUGCCGUGUUUCGGGCAGUCCUACAGACCCUGAAUCCUGCGAUGCUAUCCCGAAACUUUUCUGAGUUUCUUAGCUCCUUUAAGAUGUUCUUUGGUAACCGGGUUUCUGUUAUCCUUUAGCCAAUCCCGCCAGUUUAAAGUUGCACUACAGAGGGAGGUUGUUGCUAUUCAGCUGACUGCUCUGCUGCGAUCUUUCUGCGAGCUGUGUACGGCAGGGCUCCUACUGCCAGUUCUAUUACGUUCAAAACCGCAGCGGUGAGACACCUGACAAGCACAAAGAUGAACUCUUCACAAUACAGGGUGAUGGAACUGUAAAGGGAAGGACCUUUGUGAGGAAGAUCCUGGCAAGCUCAAAGAUGAACUCUUCCUAAUACAGGGUGAUGGAACUGUAAAGGGAAGGACCUUUGUGAGGAAGAUCCUGGCAAGCUCAAGGCCAAGAACACCUACUGCUUCCAGGAUUUCUCAGCCAAGCUGGUGCCAAAUGUAUUGCUUCAUAAGGUUUCCUUUGGACUACACUGGUGAGGCCGAGAGGGGGACCUUGACAAUCGGGCAUCUCAGGAUCUCCAUACCUGCCACCCAGGUCUGUGAUGAUGGUCAUCGUCACCCAUUGUCCUUCCAGACAGUCAGAUGCCAACCACCUUUACACUGCAAAACAACAAAUUUCAUGACAUAUGCCAGUGAUGAAUAAAGUCUUCUCGGGCUUCAAGCUGGGUGUAGGUAUCGAUUAUAACCGACGGUUUCAUGACAAACUCUACCGUCUCCUUCAGGGAUGAUGCCCAGGCAAGUCUAGUCAGGAGACAUCAACACUGUGAGAGCCUGGACAUCCGACUGGCAGAGCGAUUCCAUGUCCCCCCAGGCACGUCCCGGCUGCGGCCCGGGAUGGUCGACGGCUGGAACCUGGACAAAUCCUUCAACUUUCCGUCGGGUCGCUUCUCGACUCCUCAAGACCGGACUUGAACUCAACCGAGUUGUCUACAGUACUUUCAGAGCAUUCGGAUUCGGCGGAGGAGAGCGACUUCCCCCCGCACGGGGACCACAACGGCGGCAUCAGUUUGCUAUCCGGUGUCGGUCCUCCCCGGCAAGACUCUACGCCUCGUCCGCUCCCGAGAGACAAAGAGGGCUUUGACAUCUCGGGUUAUCCGACAUUCCCCUUCGCCUGCCGCAGCGGGGUUCUUUUGUUGUAUCCAAGAAGGACAGCGAGCUGAGACCUUGUAACAAUGACAGGCGUCUAAACAGGAAUAAGAACCGGUACCGACUUCCUCGAAUGAAUACGGCAUUAGAGUUGCAAGGAGCCGCGGUCUGCACUAAGCUAGACCUCCGGGAUGCCUACAAGCUGACCUGGUCCAAGAGGAAGAUGAAUGGCCUUCAACACUCCCACUAUGAUGCCAUCCAGUUUAGUUACCGCUCCAGCACUCUUUCAGAUCUUCAGCAACGGCGCGCUCCGGGAAAUGGUUAACCUCUUCGCCUUUGCUAUUCGGCCAAUAUCCCCCGUCGCUUCAGGAGCAUGUACGGCGUGUUCUUUAGCGCCUGCCCGAGAGCCAGCUUGUUGUUAAACUUGGAAAGAGCGAACUUCACGCCUCCAAAGUUUUUCUUUUCUGGGGUUUGUCACUUCCAAAGGGAAUUUGCAGAUGGACCCCGAGGAGAGCCAAAAAAGUGCGAAAUUGACCACAACCCGUGCCAGUCAAACAGCUUUUAGCGCUCGCCGAUUUCUAUCGGCGCCUCAUUCGCAAUUUCAGUGCAAUCGCAGCCCCAAUUACCAAGCUCACUGAAAGAUCGACUGGGCUUUUCCGUUGGACUCCAGGGACAGAAGCCGCUUCCUGCGAUCUGAGGAACAGAUUUGCCACGGCACCUGUACAGUCUGAUCCGGAGCUGCCUUUUGUAGUGGGAGUUUGGUGCCUUGAACGUGUGUGCUAUCUCAGACCGGAAUCUACACCCAUUGCGCCUUCCUCUCCAGACGUCUGUGUUGUGGCGACCCAUUUCCUGGCGCAUCCGAACCGACUCACAAUUAGAUAGCCUACGGGGGUUUGCGAGCACAGAGCUUUGGAGCCUCUGCGCCACGGGGGGCCGGUUGAGGGAGGCUUAAAAGUGAGGCUGAAGUUUUCGAAUAAAGUUUUUUUCCUUCGACUGCAGUUACCGACUCCGUGUCGUAAUUUUAGCGCUGCGUGUAGCACACCACUACAAUUGGUGACCCCGACGGUCCAAACGAUUUUUGGACCAGAAAUGACCGACGCCGCCUCUGUUCAUGCGGUUUCGUUGAAACUGCCGGGUUUCUGGACACAGCGCCCGGACCUAUGGUUCCAGCAAGCCGAAGCCCAAUUCCACGUUCGCCAGAUCACCUCAGAAGACACCCGCUACUACUACGUGGUGGGCUCCCUCGACCAGGACACAGCGGCCCAGGUCGCGGAGUUCGUACAGUCGCCCCCGGCAGACGGCAAGUACACGGAAUUCAAAGCCCUGCUCAUCAGGACUUUCGGACUCUCACGGCGCGAGCGGGCUGCCCGUUUACUGCACCUGGAUGGCUUGGGCGACAGACCUCCAUCGGCUUUAAUGAAUGAGAUGUUGUCUCUCGCCGACGAACACACACCCUGCCUCAUGUUUGAGCAGGCAUUCCUGGAGCAGCUGCCCGAGGACAUAUGCCUGCUGCUGUCCGACGCGGAUUUCAGUGACCCCCGGAAGGUGGCAGCCCGGGCGGACUUGCUGUGGAACGCCAAAAAGGUGAGCGGGGCGUCCAUCGCACAGAUCACCCAGCCACGCUCCCGGCAGCAAACCAGUCCAGGCCCGGCCGCAGAGCCCGCCAACCCCCGGCCCAAUGAACACUGGUGCUUCUACCACCAGCGGUGGGGCGCAGAAGCCCGCCGUUGUUGCCCACCCUGCAAGUUCCCGGGAAACGCCAGGGCCAGCCGCCGCUGAUGGCUACGGCGGCUGGCCAUCGGGAUAGCCUCCUGUAUGU